AUGUCUUCAGCGAAAUGGACAUGCCCAGAGGCCGACUGUCACCUCAUUUUCCGACGCAAAUACCACUUGACUCGCCACCAGGAUAACAAGCACGCCCAGGCUCGACCACAUGCCUGUCAUGUAUGCAGUCGGUCGUUUGCGAGACACGAUGCCUUGAUCCGCCAUGUCCGAUUUCACCAGCGCAAGGCCGAUGUAGGUGUCCAGGAAAAGACUUUUUUCGCGUGCGACCGCUGCCACAAACGCAAAGUGCGAUGCGAUAACAAGACGCCGUGUCGCCCGUGCCAGAAAUAUAAUGCAAGCUGUCGCCGGAGUAAUGCUGCUGCUGUUGCGGCCGAUCAUGAACUCCCAACGAUGACGCCGACAGAGGGCUCUCAGCCAUCUCCUAUGGCCACCACGACGCAGCAGCACAUUGAGGAUAUCGCACUGCCAACACCUUCAACAUCACAAGAUGUAAAUUUCAAUCCAGUGGUGGACGAUAAUUUUGACAUCGUCUCGCCAAUUAAGCUCAAUCCGCUGGAGGCCGGGGAUGUGCCGACUCCGUCUUUUGUCAAUUCGGCGCUCAUAGAUCCAGUUACAUCCACAAAUUAUUCUCCCGAACAGUCUAUGAAUACACAAAAUUCAAGCUAUACAACAGAGGAAGAGCAGACAACAUACGAACUGUCCUAUGCUAUUGCCGAACAGGAGCAGGACCCGCUGUAUCUCGUCCACCGCAGCACCAUUGACAACAUCAUGAGAGACGAAAGUUACCAGAGUUACUUUGGCUCCCUGCAUCCACAGUGGCCAAUCCUUCAUCACGAGACUUUUCGUCGAUGUUUAGCAUCAGCUGAAGUUCGCUAUUCCAUAGCCUUGCUGGGGGCAUUGCUGGACGACUCCCCCACAGACCUGCCGCCACUGAAGGCUUUACAUCAGACUGUUUUAAUGAAAGUUCAGGAAAAAAUCACACAGCAAUAUGAAAAUCCAAUUCCGGACCCAACUGGUCGAUUACAUCUAGAGUUAGCAAAGGCCCUUUUACUAGCCAUCUUGUUUGCUAUUUACGUGGGAGAAAAACCACUGCUCUCAGCAGCGUUAGGCCAGAUGGCAACGCUUGUCAGCUGGGUGAGGCAUAUUGGGUUUUUUAACAUUGAAACAAUCGCAGCGCAGGAUGAUCUUUCUGGAACAGAGUGGUCACGCUGGAUACUACGUGAACAAAAAGCAAGACUCGUAUUUGCCACCUUUCGUCUUGAAAGCCAACUGAAUUUCUUGCACGACUUGCCACCAUCGAUUCGUUUCCAAGAACUCGAAUUGCCAUUAAUGACCACUGAUGGCGCAUGGAAUGCAUGUACAAGUCAGCAAUGGGAGCAAGCAAUCGCAAAUGAACCCUCAGGGCGAACCUGCGCCACUUUCAGCACGAUUUGCUCGUUAACUCUAUCACAACUAGCACCAUCAGAACGAUUAAACCUGGCCGGAUUCUUCACCACGGCCGAUUUCGAACUGGAAAUGUGCGCGAUGCAGGCACGGCUGUGGGUCGAGACGAAACAGCAACCGACAGCGCAGCGCCCAGCUCCAGGCGAUACCCAAAAUAGCCACAUUGAAAGUCUACACGGAUAUGGCCAGGGUUGGCCAGUGUUACUAGAUAUAUGGCGGGUCAUGAUGGAGCGGUUUCGGCCAGAAAGUAAACCCUAUUGCGAGGUUAGCAGCGAGCAAAUGGCGUAUUUGACUGGGAUGAUGAUGUACCAUUCCUCCAUGCUCCGCGUAUACGCCGAUCUAUCCUUCCUGGGACGACUUGCCAAGGGCUAUACAAGAAGCCCCUCUCAGGGAGGAGGAAAUGGGCACUUUUUCAUGAGGCAAUACGAAAUCCGAGUGCAGCAAUGGGCGCGGUCCAAUGCCGCCUGCGAUGCACUGUGGCACGCCGCUCAAAUUCUCGACCUAGCUACGCAAUACAUCCCUUCGCUAUUUGCACAAAAGAUCAUUGUUCUGAACCCAGUUGUUAUCGAGUGUCUGUACCGCGCCACUCUAGUUUCCUGGGCAUUCUGUCGAUCAAGAUUAUCAUGCUCUCUCUGCGCCCCACUGCUCUCCUCGACCACAACUGCAUCCAAGGACUUUAGUUUACAGAGUUGUACGCGUCUCGAGUCGCUACCCAGCCGAGCAGUGGAUAUCUGCCCUGGUGCUGUCGACCGAGUUGAAUUGACCCGGUUGCCCAGACAUUCUGACCAGUACAAUAUUUGGCUUCAGGCAGAAGCAGAUGGCGGUCAAAAGAGCGCCACGUUUAUUGGCAACAUACUUAUUUGUGCGUGCAACACGUCGCGGAUGGUUGAAAUGUAUGGUGAUACCAUUCGCAUGGCUUCGCAGAAGUGGGGAUUGGGAGACUUUUACCUAGCUACUCUCGAAGGGUUGAAGGGGAGUUGCUAG